AUUAAGCACGACCUAAACACCGGGUUCUCGUACCGUAGGCACACUUAUCGUAAUCACCUGUUAACGGCCUUACACUGAGGUGCAUGUGUAUGUAGAACACUACAAGCUCCUUAUAAGCUGUAAAACACUUAAAUCAGUGGUGGGAAAAAGGAUGUAAAUUUAAAGUGAUCCUCACUGGCAGUCAUUGAUGAGGGAUGUACACUGUACACAAUAAUACUGUCAUCUUUAUCAAGUGUGCUAUAGGGAUGUCCGUACAGCUUUAAUUCACCAGGAGAGAAGCACUUAAAUUAAUGAUCUGAAACGAUUAACAGCCAUGUACAUCAUCGUCGAUCAGAAGAUCCACAUUUUGAACUUUUUCAGAUUCUGUCAUAGUUUUGUGUGAAUUGUCCCCUAUAUACACUGGAAGUGAUAGGCAGGAAAAUCUAUAUACAUGGAUUAUAUUACAAUGAUAUGUACAAACUCUAACAGAGUGGACAAUCAUGUGACCAGUCAUGUGACCUGUCAUGUGAUAGGAAGCAGGAAGGUAUUCAAUAUUUACUCUCUUUGCUACCUCAUUUCUGAAUAACAACUGGACAAGGGUGUGGAGAAUCGACCAUAACUAACCAGUAAAAUUAGCCAACACAGGAGAGUGUGGGAGGAAGACAUUCAUAAAUUGGUUGUCAUAGCUAACUCGGCAACAGCAAUGGAAAAUCAAUUCAAAACCCACAUCACUAAACCAUUAGCAUUAUGAAACUAUUCAAAAUACAAAACUGAUACCAAAGAAGUGAAGCAGCGAAGAGUGGGAGAGUUUUCAUUCUUUACGACAGUUUUCUGAGCAGUAUGAACAACGUCAGCAAUAUAUCUGUCUUUGACAACGACACAGUGUCAGAGAGCACAGGGAGGGAAAUUCAAGGAUUUCCGGAAUAUUGCGGAGUUGGUCCUUGGUAUCUUAUGCGUUUUACUUAUCCCUUGUAUAUGCUUCGGAAACUUCCUUGUGAUCAUCUCCUUGGUGAAGUUCCGACGAUUACGUACAAUUACAUACACCUUGGUGGGAAGCUUGUCCGUUGCCGAUUCCUUACUUGCAGUCCUAACACUUCCGAUUUACUCCAUGUUUUAUUUCAAAUUAACAUUUGUGCAAUCUGUAAAAUAUUUGUGUCUGUUUAAGUUUUCCUCAGUCUGUGCUUCAAUGACUGCGUCCAUGAUCAACCUAGUUGCGAUCGGUGUUGACAGGUAUGUGGCCAUUUUGCAUCCGCUGAAGUACAAAACAAUUUUGACGUAUAAGAGAGUUCGGAUUUUCAUUGUGUGUAUGUGGAUCUACAUUGUGCCAGUGUGCGUUCUACCUCUUGUCUGGAAUUCUUAUGACGAGGUUCAAAUAUGUGACUAUUUCAAAAUUCUACCACUUGCCUACACGAUAUACGCUGCGUUCUUCUCCAUUGGAAUCAGCCUUGUGGUGUCUCUCUAUCUGUAUAUAAGGAUAUUCCUUGUGGCCAGGCAACAACAAAAGCAGGUACGAAAAGACAGCUUACGAGGAAACCAUUCCAUAGAUCCUCAAAUGGAAAAGGACACAAAGUCCGCGAAAGUUAUGGCCCUUAUUUUGUUCCUCUUCUAUAUAUUCUGGGUACCAUUUACCAUAAUAGGACCCAUUAAAUACAGUGUAGAUAUAGACAAUGACUUAGCCGAAACCCUAAAGAACAUAACACUAUUCCUGGCCAUGACAAAUUCCAUGAUUAAUCCGAUCAUAUACUGCUGGCUCCGUAGGGAAUUCCGGGAGGCCUUCCGCUCCAUUUGUAUCGACUCAUGUUGCUAUCAUUCAAAAGCAAACCAGAAGGAAAAUUUCGGAAAUUCAUUACUGUUUAAUAGUAUUAGUACAGAACAGCAUAGAGAGGAAGCCAAGUCCAAAAUGGCUUUGUGAAGUCCUGAGCGAGAAUAAAUGGAUUAUAGAACUUCGAUUUCUUAUUGUACUUACAAAAGUUGCUGUAGUUUAAACUCUACAUUAAGGUUUUAUUAGACAAUAACCACAGCAAGUCUUAAGUUUAACUGUUCAAAAAAUUACUUGAAAUAAAUGAUCACAAAGUGA